GUUAGCGGCUGGGGAAUGUCGGGCGCGCGGGGCGGUGGGCGCGUGGCCCCUCCCCUCGACGGGCGCGCGGCGGCCGCAGCGGCGGCGGCAGGGAGGGGAGGAGGCGGCGAGGAGGCGGCGCCUGUGUCGGCGCUGGAGGUUGUGUCCUUCCUGGGGAAGCUGCUGUGCGCAGUCGCGGCGCUGAAGGCGGCUCUGUACCUGCUCCGCAGAGUGUGUCUGGCGAUGGCCUGGAAGUCGGGAGGCGCGAGCCACUCCGAGCUCAUCCACAACCUCCGCAAAAAUGGAAUAAUCAAAUCAGACAAGGUAUUUGAAGUAAUGCUGGCUACAGACCGUUGCCACUAUGCAAAAUACAACCCUUAUAUGGAUUCACCACAGUCUAUAGGUUUCCAAGCAACAAUCAGUGCUCCACAUAUGCACGCAUAUGCUCUUGAACUUCUGUCUGAUCAGUUACAUGAAGGAGCCAAAGCACUUGAUGUAGGAUCUGGAAGUGGAAUCCUUACAGCAUGUUUUUCACGAAUGGUUGGUCCCAAAGGACAAGUUGUAGGAAUUGAUCAUAUCAAAGAACUAGUAGAUGACUCAAUAAAUAAUGUCAAAAAAGAUGAUCCCACAUUGCUGUCUUCAGGAAGAGUGAAACUGAUUGUGGGAGAUGGAAGAAUGGGAUAUGCAGAAGAAGCUCCUUAUGAUGCCAUUCAUGUAGGAGCAGCAGCACCUGUUGUGCCCCAAGCACUUAUAGAUCAGUUAAAACCUGGCGGAAGAUUGAUAUUACCAGUUGGCCCUGCAGGGGGAAACCAGAUGCUUGAACAAUAUGACAAACUAGAAGAUGGCAGUGUCAAAAUGAAGCCUCUGAUGGGAGUGAUAUAUGUGCCUUUAACAGAUAAAGAGAAGCAAUGGUCCAGGUGGAAGUGAUUUUCUGUUCCACUUACUUCUUCCACACACACACAAGGGAUGAACUGUAAAAGCUACAUCAUCUUGACCCAAACAUAGUGUUGCAGUGGACUGCUCAUCUCCAGUUCGAAAAGCUUUUUGAAAACCAACAGCAUUGCAGCUUGUUUUGGACUCAUUCUACUGUUGUUCUCAGCAUGGAAAAGCGUGGUAUCCGUUUUAUUUUUGUAGCUGCUCGAGGCAAAUCCGAUAAAGAAAUGGUGGAAAGUUUUUAUGCGGGCACUGUUUUAUUUAACAUGCCUUUAGUUCCCUUCCAUCAGUUCAAAGUGGUUUUUCUGCAGAAGUGCAGAUAAAGACCUUUAGCUUGUGAACUCUAAUUCUGAUGGGGGUACUUGAACACUCGCUUCUCUCGUCUCCUGUUUCCCUUGGUAAAGCUGCUUCUGUGCACCUUAGGACACUACGUAGGUAAUACCGGGUGUUCUGUGUUCCCAUGUCUGCUAGACACUACUAAAAGGACAUGAACUUCCUUUUUAAGCUUUCAAUGUGGUGUCACAGACUAGCAUGUAGUAGAUACAAUCAGCUGCUUCGUGACCCUAAAUCCAGGCAUUUGUAUAUAUUAAACAUCAAGACAUCAGAGGUGGGUGGCCAGUCUUAUCGAACGUUUUCCCUUUCUAGAAUUAACUAAUGGAGCACUGAAAUUCUGUUCUGAUUUAUAGUUUACUACUGAGGUGAUGCACAUGGAUUUAACUCCCCCUGUGUCCCUGUCACUGAGCAGUUUGCACACUGCUGCUUUGCUAAGUGGAGUUAGAAGCAAAGGAAGGGGUCGUGUGCCUGUGUGGAGGUAAGGAUCAGUAGUAGACUACUGAGACACGGAUUGCUAGAUUCUUUGGUUUAAAAAAAGUCAUCCACCAGUUUGGUUCUGAAAGAAAGUCACUUUUGACAAAGCCAUUUGUUGUAUUAAUCUUCUCAUUUUUCUAACUGAGCACCCAGAAAAAAAACUCUGGGUUUUUAGAAAGCCUUGUUAUUGAAGAGAACAUGAUACAAGUAGAAAGCAUAACUAAUCCUGGUGUCCUAAGUACAUUAGAAACACUUUUUUUUUUCAUGUAGAAGAGUAGUUGGAAGGCUUUAAAACUUUCUUCCUAGCCCAGUUUUUCUGUUUGGUGCUAUGAAAUGUCAACAGCAAAUUGUGAAGCAGUGCAGUAAGGUGGGCUGCUUUCAGAGAGGGGAGAUGUUUGUCUUGGGUCAUCCUGCUCAGACUUGAGCAACCAGGAAUUGAAGUAAGCAGCGUACUACAGGGUUUUUUUUUAAUGGCAAAAAAGACUAUAGAAAAAAAAUCACUUGCAUAAAAACAACCCAUAGUGAUCACUGCAAAAAUAUAUUUUGACUUUUUAUGCAAUGAUUUUGUGAUAGGAUUAAUUCCUGAAAGCACAAAGGCUAAAAUUCAACACCCUCUGAAUAUUAAAGAGGAGCAUUCUGAAUAACCUUUUGGAAGGUCAGCCCCAUCCUAUUCCUGUGUAAAAGAUAGGCACCACUUAAUUUAUUCAGAUGCUUGGGAGUUCAUGCACCACCUCCUGACUGCAGCCUGGGAGCACACCCACAGGAUGAAUCUUAUAAAGGAAUGAAUGUAGUCUGUACUCUAGAAAAUACAAUUCAGAACACCCCACUUGCGGCUGACAAAUUUGUACUAACCCACAAUCAACUGUGAAUCUAGUUCUUGAUGUUGAAGUGAAGUACCUUAAACGAUGCAUGCUAAUGUUCAACCUUUUUGGUCACUGUAUCAUUCAGUUUGAGUUCAGCUUUAUUUACAUCUUCUCACUCUUUUAAAAAUCAGUUAAAUGAAGGAUAUGAGCUCAACUGUAUCCAAAUCCUUGUCUGGACGCAGCGUAAUAAGCUAGCUUAACCUGGAAGAGGUGAUAAAGCUGAAACCCCGUGACACCUUUCUGGGAGAGAACCACUUCAGGAGGUGUAAGACUUCAGGGACCAAGGCUGUUGGGAUUAGUGCACCCAUUCCGCUGAAGGGGUUGGUAAUAGUCAAGGUACUCAGGCAGAUGAAGUAUCCAGAAGUAGCGUUUAGGAAUUGGAAAAUGAAACCCCUUCCAUGAUGGAGCAAUGGUUCUGAAGUAAAAGCUUCUUGGAGAAGAGGACAAGUUGAAAUGCAGAAGCUUUGAAGAGCUUGAAAAAAUGCUGUGUGAACUGUCUGAACUGCUACUUUGCCAAAUAAAAUGAAUUGAGAGGAAGCUGUA